AUGACCGCUCAGAACACAACUGCUGGCCCUUCAUCAUCAGCUCUUGGAUACAGUCCCUCGUCAGCUCCAGCUGCAAGAGUCACUGCAGCCACGCACUUUGAAACGCGUGGCUCUGUAUCUCACUCAGAGAUGGGUCAGCAGGCGAGCUCUCCCCCCGCCGCUCACCCAUCUCAGCGACCACGUACGGAACAGCGAGAUGACGGCACGAGUCUUUUUUUGCCGCGAGAGCCUAAAGAGUCAACCUUGUCGGAUAAUCUCAACAAGAGAAGUGGCAACACUGCAUACCGACAUAAGCCACCGCCUGAGUCCGGUAAUGGAGAGUCUUCGAGUCGGAUGGCUCGUGUGACUGGCCAACGCCAGAAGGCUCGCUAUUCUAGCCAGUUUAUGCCUAAAGUGGCAAAGACUGGGUACUGGGAGGACCGUCACGGAUAUCCUGACGUCGGCGAGAACGCGGAAGGAGAAGGCAUCCGGUGCGAGACCGAGACCGAGUCGGACUCAGAUAAGGCGAUCCAAAACAGUCCGGCGACCCACAGACCCAGCAAAUCGCGCGGACGUAAAGGCGGUCCACGAGGGAAGUCUGAUCGAACAAGGAGCAGUGACACGGUCGAUUCCGACGUAGACGAUGCUCCUGAAUUCAAGAAAGCGAAAGCUAUCUACGACUCCAAGGUAGCUUCUGGAAAAGCCACGACUGAGGAUCUGAUCUGGUUCUCGGGGCUCGCAGCCGAGGAAAAAGUAGGAGCGAGGAAGCUUGAGGAGGCUAAACGUCAGGAAAUAAAGGACAAACAGCCAGUUACUCCGAAGAAGAGUCAUGGAAUGUUCAGGGAGGAAACUAGUUCGACCACCGACGGAAAUGAAGAGGCCGAGGUACCGUAUGCACACUCAGCUACGAGCACACCUAAUCAAGGGCUGAGCUCGAAAAAAUAUGGCAUGUUCUCUCAACCAGCACCUUGGAUGACACCCAAUCAACCUUCGUCUUCAAGUAUAACCACAAACUCGGCCGCAGCGAGCGACAUAGGGACAAGCAGCAGGGGUGCCCGGGACGCCAGUCCUCGCACCCCAUCUCGUCGUCGCGCGUCACCGGACCUUUUAUCCGUUCCACUCCCAACUCCUUCAAGCUCAACAAUGAAGCUGCAGGCAGACGAUGACCUCUCAUUUGGAAUCAUCUAUCGUAUAGACAAGGAUACGAAUGAGAUUAUGAUUCCAAGAGGCCAUGUAGCGAACAUGGUGCUUCACCACUAUCGCAGUGGUGCUUUGACGGUAGCGAAAAGCAGUGCUCAAGCCUCUGACUCCCGUUCACAACCGCCACCCGAAGAUGAGAUUUCUCUUGGAACGACAUACAGUUUACAUCCAGACACCGGAGAAGUCAUGAUACCGCCUUCUUAUGCCAAGAACCUCAUCCUGCUUCACCAGCGCUCCGGGGCGCUCAACUUGAGCCCGGGCAGCCUACCAUCUCCGGAUAAGCGGAGGAGGAUGACUACAAGCAACACUUGGCAAAGCCCCCGUGGCAGGGGCACCAGCAGCGUGGCCGCAGCCACAUCAAGCAGGAGGCCUCGCGGACGGCCGAGAGGCGGCAGGUACAUGGGAGGUCCACCUGUUGUGGCUAAAGCGUCUUCAGCGGCCGUCGUCAUUCCGAAGACCCCUACCAGCACAGCUCAACGAAAGCAGGCCAGGAGGAAAUGGAAACCGAACAGUUACUUUACGACCGAUGAGGAAGAGGAAGAGACAGAUAGAAAGGGAGAGAAACGUAAGGAACGACGGAGCCGAAACCUCGAUGAUGAUUGGAAAGAGAUGACGAGGCGGAAGGGAAUCAGGUCGAGAGCACCUCCCGAAUACGAGUUCCAGCUUGGACCACGAGGCAUGCCGGAAGUUCUGAGCAGAACGAGGAACGAAUUUGUGGAAGUGCGAGAGAACGGAAAGGUUUUGGAAGAGUUAAUGACCUGA